UACCUACUGUUACUUAUGAAUGGCGCGUUCGCGCACGAUUAUUGCAGGCGCACGAGUCACCGAGCGUGUGUAUGUGUGUGUGUGUGUGUUGUGCAUACUCGAGAUAGUGUACUAAUGCACAUAUCCUUGCGCAAUGCUUCAUACUUCACUGUAUUGUCGCUAUAUGCAUACACAUACAUAUACAUAUGUAUGAAUUUCAAAUGUUGGUAUCUGUACAUAAUACAUUUAAACAUAUUUACAUGCAUAUUGAUAUGUAUGUAGAUGUAUAUACGCAUACAGCUACACUGUAUUGUAUACUAGAAAAAUGAAAUGAAUGUUCGAUGUUGGUUAGGGUCCUUCGAGAUAGCACCACGCGAAAGAGAAGGGUAGGGUGGGGUGGGCGUGGGUGAUUGGGGUGAUCAUAGAGAGAGAGGGAGAGAAGAGAGAGAGAGAGAGAGGCGCGUAGUGGCGUGUAGCAGUACAGUGCGGAUGUGGGCAAGGAAGCAAUGAGUUCAAACAUGAAACAAUCAGCGCCAGCAACGAGUACCGCUGGAAUCGCGACGUACACCGGCAGCAACCACCGACAGUAGCAUACACCAGCAGCAGCAGCAACAGUACAACCAAAAAAAAUCACCAACCACCUAAGCUGUUCAUAACACAGUGGUACGCUCUCUCUCUCUUUCUCUCUCUCUCUCUCUCUCUCUCUCUCUCUCUCCAUCUAUCUAUCUCUCUCUCUCUCAGACACACUCUCUCUAUCUCUUUCUCUAUCUCUCUCUCUCUAUCUGUCAUUUACUCCAUGCCUGUCUAGCUUGAAUGAGGCCUUUGGUGAGGUUGGUGCGGGCUGCUCUCCUGGCUGACCUUACGUGUUGAUCGCGUGAAAGCCAAAAAUCCAGAAUGUUUCGUGCACGAGAGAAGAGAGAGAGAGAGAGAGAGAGAGAGAGAGAGAGAGAGAGAGAGAGAAAGAGAGAGGGCAAGGGAUGAACGCAGGUGGAGACGAUAGUUGCUGCUCUCGGCAUCUCCUUAAUCUCUACUCCAGCCCAUCCACGCCCCCUCCCUCCACCCACCCACCCUCUUCAAAUGCAAACUCUUCCUGCCCCUCAGUAAUAUCAGUAUCAACUAGGCUGAGGUAGCAGCAGAGGUAGCCCCCCGGGGACGUCUUGACGCCCGUUCAAGCAUAUGAAGUAUAAAUACAUUUAAACAAACAAAAAAAAAACAAGGAGUAUGUAACGUUAAUUAUGAAGUAAAUAUUUAUAUGAAAUCUCCCAGCAACAGGCAGGUCCUAGCAAAACAACGGGAGCUAGUGAAAUCAUGAAACAGAAAACAGCACAGGAGUAAUCGAGGCGACAGGGGAAGAAGCAAAAGAAGAGAAAGAAAGGAAGAAAGAAGAAAAGAAAGAAAGAAGAAGAAAAGGCAAAAAGGAGGAGGAUAAGAAAAAGGAAAAAAACAACACGGAAGAAAAGGCAGAGAAAAAACAAGGAGUAGAAGAUACUGCAGCAGUGGCAGUAGCAGCUACAGCAACUCAGAAUAUCAAUAAGUACAUGUGCACGCAAGGGUGAAGUACAAAAGCCCUGACCACCGCCACCACCCGCCCCUCUUCACAGGCAACGAUUAUACUACUCCAACCGCAUCGUUUCGUUCACUGUCUCUCUCUCUCUCUCUCUUUCUCUCUCUCUCUCUUUCUCUCUCUCUCUCUCUCUCUCUCUCUCCCGCACACACACACAUUCUCUUUAUUACUUUCUUUCUGUCGCUCUUUCUCGUUCGCAAUAUGAUUCCCAGUAUUGAUGGCACGGGAAAGGGGGGCGAAAUAGGGCUAGGUGUGUUUUUAAAGGGCAGAAUACUAACUUAUCUACUUAAGCAACCUGAACACAUGUCCCAUUCGGAAGGCAGGACAAUUUUCGGCUUGGUUUUUCCCCACCAUUCUUUGCGAGCGAUUGGCGGUUUCUAUUUCGUUUGUCUGAUAACAACCACAGCGAUCGAACAUCUACCAGCAACCGGGGUGAGCGGGAAAAUUGGAAUACAAAGAAAAAGAAAAAAUGUGAAGCAAAAGAAGACGAAGGAUGGGAAGAUUUGAGUGGGUAGGUGUAGCGGCCCCUCAGAGACGCUCAUUUCAUCCAUUCAUACUCUUGGAGUUGCAUUAACGUUCAGUUUGCAAAGUUAAUUUCCAACCGCGCCCGCGCCGUGCAAUUAAUCCGCGCCACUAACGCUCAUACUAGCCCCUGGUGGUCUGGUGGAUAAAACGAACGUCCAGGCAAUAAUGCAACUGCUACAAAAUCAACAAAAACAAAGGAACCCGCACACCCAGGAGAAUCUGCUUCUGCUUGUUCCUAUCAAUGAGAACUGAAAGGAGCGAAGGGUAGGCACAAGAAGAAAAAAUAGUGGAGUGGGGGAUGGGGUGGGGUGGAAUGGUGAUUUCUGGUGAUCGAGGCACAACUGUAACAGACAUGGGAAGGGCAAAAGCAGAGCAGCAGAAUGAAAGACAGCUAAACAGACGGUAAAUUAUAGCAAACCAAGUCGCAAACCACAAGAAUAAAGUCAUUAAGAAUAAUACAAACGGUUACCACGGGGAGAAGGAGAGGAAAAUUGAGUAAAAGAAAGAGAGAAAGGGAAAAGCGAAAGAGAAAGAGAAAGGAAAGAAAAAGGGGGAAACGAGUGCAGCGUGGUAAAAACGCAGUAACACAUUGAUUCACGCCCAUUACAACCAAACCCUUACCUAUUGAGCUGAAUAAAGUAUCAGGUGAA